GGGCAAAACUGUACGAAGGGACGCAAGAAAUCGACCUAACGUGAAGAUAAUCGAGGCGGUUUUUUUAAGAUGACAAGGCUCUACACCAAAGGUCGAAUCCUUUCACACACACGUGGAAAGCGUAACACCCACCCUACUACUUCUCUCAUUCAACUUGAAGGAGUAGCAACAAAGCAGGAAACUGGUUUUUACCUCGGAAAGAAAAUCGCCUAUGUCUACCGAGCUCAACGAGCCAUCAAAGGUUCAAAGAUCAGAAUUAUCUGGGGAAAGGUAACUAGACCUCACGGAAACACCGGUGUCGUUCGGGCCAAAUUCAGGGUCAAUCUACCACCACGAACCUUUGGAGCUUCUUGCCGAGUUAUGUUGUACCCAUCAAACAUUUGAAGCAAUACAUGUCUUGUUUUGCUUUG